UCCCGGCCCCGAGAGUCUCCCGUGCCACGCCGGGGCCGGAUCGGGGCGGGGGACUCUGCCUGCGGGCAACAGCGAAGCCCGGCCCGGACGGGAGCACCUCGAGGUUUGCUCGAAAAUGAUUGUUUGGGGUGGUGCUUAUUGGCCACCGUUUGCAUUAAUUUAAAGCCUACGGCAGGGCUUCUGAGCCCUGCCUUAGGGGGUUUUCCGCCCCAAGGAGAUUGACUGCAGCUGAGUUCUUUAUGCUCAGAUUUGUGUGUGUCAGGGCUUUUUUAAUGCUGGAUGUCAGAGGUGAUAAAUGGCCGUGGAAAGGGGGAGCCCCUGAAGCACCUGCCGGGCUGUCAGUGGUGGAGGCUGUGUCUGGGGGGUGGGACUCGAGAAAUGAAACAGAGAUCCUGUUUGGAUAUUCUGCUGAAGUUAUCAUGUUUCUGCAAGUAUACCAGUUCUAGAACAAGUUGAUAAUUCCAAUUUUAGGGCUUUGUGAUAGAAGAGGUUUGAGUGGUCAGGAGACCUGAGGAGACCUGGUUUGGCUAAGAAUGUUUGGGGUAGCCUAAGUGUCCCUUCCUCUUUCUCCUUGGCAUGUUCAUUUUCUUGCCGUCACAAAUGCCAAGGUACAUGAAUGAUCCCUAGAUAGGAAUCUAUCUAGGGAUAGAUAGAAGGGAGGGGCCAGCAUUUAGCACAGGACUGAGCCCAAGAUUGAGAUGUUUUCAAAUGAACAGAUGUGUAGCUAGGAAAAGGAAAAUCUUUUUACCUGCAUGGUUGGCAGGCUGAGAGAACUUGCCCUGAGAACUAUCAGGCCAUACUAAUACUUCAUUUUGUUUAACACCAUAGAUAUUAAGGAUAGAUGCCAUUUCUAAGGUUUGUGUGAUUUGAAUGUUCAUAAAUCAUAUUUUAAAGCAUUACUGCAUAAAGGAAUUCUAGGGUUCUGUGACUCCCUCAGUAUGUCUUGGAUUUUGAUAUGUGGAGUCUGUUUAAAAUGGAAUACACAUAUUUAUUUGGAUUUGGUUUUACCUUGGAGAUAAUCCUGAGUCAUGCUUUAGAGAAGUUCCUUGUGUGAUGAAGAGCUCAGCUGUCUGGUGGUCUCUGUGGAAGCCAGAUGCUUCCCUUUACCUGUAGUUCUCCCUUCUGGAGCUCGGGAGAAAGGAGGAUGGUGACGGGGAGACUGGAAGCAGAUUAAGAGGCCUUCUCUUCCAUGUAUGCCCUGUCUCCAUGCCCAUGCUCUAAGUUAGUUGUGUUCACACUCGUUUCUCAUUUUACCACAGAAAUUUUAUUUAUGCUACUGCCACUAGUAUUUUCACAUUUGUUUGAUACUUGUCAGUUUACCAGUGUUUUUUUUUUUUUAAUUUUAUUUAUUUAGUUAGGCUGCGUUGGGUCUUCCUUGCUGCGUGCGGGCUUUCUCUAGUCGCGGUGAGCGGCGUCUACUCUUCGUUGCGGUGCGCGGGCUCCUCACUGCGGUGGCUUCCCUUGUUGCGGAGCACAGGCUCUAGGCACACGGGCUCAGUAGUUGUGGCUCACGGGCUCUAGAGCGCAGGCUCAGUAGUUGUGGCACACGGGCUUAGUUCUCUGCGGCAUGUGGGAUCUUCCCGGACCAGGUCUCGAACCCGGUCUCGAACCCGUGUUCCCUGCACUGGCAGGUGGAUUCUUAACCACUGUGCCACCAGGGAAGUCCUACCAAUGGUUUUUGAUUCAUGAUCUCAUUUUCUUUUCUGCAAGAAGCAGCUGGGCAUAAAGAGUUAUUUACUCAGAGUCUCAUAAUUAGUAAUGGAGCCGACUUGGGAUACAGAUCCUCACUGGUGACCAGUUCUCUUUCUUCUGUGCUGGCCUGCCUGUGACUUCAGAAUUCUAGUCUGGAUCUUUUACCCUGUAGACCAGUUGUUGCCUUUGUGUUGUGCCCAAGUGGUAUCAUUACUUUUGGGAAGGUGCUGUUAUUCCGUUUUAUUUUACAGAAAUUGAGGGUAAGAGGAAUUUUAUGGUUUUGUGACUGUUUGUGGCAGCUCUUUAGUAUUAAAGUCACUUUUCAACGUAGAGCGCCUUUCUCCUAGACCACAAACGGAUUAGUUUUCGGACAAAACAAUCCAUUUCUGCAGUGGUUAUGGUUGGGAUGACCUAACACCAUAAUCACAUUCCCCUUGUGUGCCUGGCUACCUGUGCCGCCUUGUAUGUGAAUGUUAACCCAAAAGACUCCUUUAGAUGUCGCUGAACUAGUUACUAUAAAAAGUAUUUCACUUUCAAACUCCCACAUUUCAAGAACAGAGAAAUUCAGCACAAAGGUAAUUCUGAGGUUUCCCUGGAACCUGGGCUCCCCGAGACGCAGCACUGGAGCAGAUGGAUAAUGGAGACUGGGGCUGUAUGAUGACUGACCCAGUCACGUUAAAUGUAGGUGGACACUUGUACACAACGUCUCUCACCACAUUGACACGUUACCCGGAUUCCAUGCUUGGAGCUAUGUUUGGGGGGGACUUCCCCACAGCUCGAGACCCUCAAGGCAAUUACUUCAUUGAUCGAGAUGGACCUCUUUUCCGAUAUGUCCUCAACUUCUUGAGAACUUCAGAGUUGACCUUACCCCUGGAUUUUAAGGAAUUUGAUCUGCUUCGGAAAGAAGCAGAUUUUUAUCAGAUUGAGCCCUUGAUUCAGUGUCUCAAUGACCCCAAGCCUUUGUAUCCUAUGGAUACUUUUGAAGAAGUUGUGGAGUUAUCUAGUACUCGGAAGCUUUCUAAGUACUCCAAUCCAGUAGCUGUCAUCAUAACCCAAUUAACCAUCACCACCAAGGUCCAUUCCUUACUAGAAGGUAUAUCAAACUAUUUUACAAAGUGGAAUAAGCACAUGAUGGACACCAGAGAUUGCCAGGUUUCCUUUACUUUUGGACCCUGUGAUUAUCACCAGGAAGUUUCUCUCCGAGUCCACCUGAUGGAAUACAUUACAAAACAAGGUUUCACAAUCCGAAACACCCGAGUGCAUCACAUGAGUGAGCGGGCCAAUGAGAACACAGUGGAGCACAACUGGACUUUCUGCAGGCUGGCCCGGAAGACAGAUGACUGACCUCCAGCACUGGGAGAAGUUCCUGGAAAUGGACUCUCCAGGAGAUCGAAGAGGCUGAUUUUUUUUUUUUUUAAAUCACAGUGUGAGAUUUUUUUUUUUUAAUAUUUGUAUUUAUUUGAAGGCACUGGGGACCAGAAGGAAGUUUUGUGCUUUAGCAGACUCCUCUAUGUUUUGUUCCCUUCACCCUGAGUAUGCAUGUGCCUGUUCAGAGCCUCCAGAUACCUUUUUUAUAAAAAGAAGGCUGAAAAUCAUUAUGGUAUAUAAUCUACCCUUAACAGAGCUUUUUUUAUUACAGUGCUAAAAUGAUUUCUGACUAAAUAGUCCCUAACUCAGCUAGAAGGCUAAAAAUGCAGGAAUGAAAGAAUAAACAGAGUACUCAUGAUGCCUUUGGGAAAAAUCAAAACAUCAUGUAGGGUGACCUAGUUUUCAAACCAAUAAGCAGUAUUAUAAUAUUAAAGGAAAACUGUUCCAAUCAUUUAAAAGUACUUGUUAAGUACUGCUUUUUACAGUUAUGACAACUGUUUCUUUCUAUGCAUAUAAAUCAAGCAACCAAAUAUCUGUAGCCAUGGAAAUGUCUGACUAGAAAUAUUUAUAUUGGCUUCUGAAUGCAAAAUGUCCCUGUGGUAGAAAUCUUACUUCUUAUGCCUGGUGCAGUAUAAUUCCCAAGUGUACUGUCUACCAGAAAAAUAAAUAAAUAAAUAAAUAAAUGAAAUAUGA